UUAACAGAAGGAGUUUUGGUGCAUCAAUCAAAACCUCCACCAUAAUGGAUUUGGUCGCAGGUGUACGCAAGGAAGGCAGCCGCGGCGGCCGCGGCGAUUUCAAAUGGUCCGACGUCAAGGACUCCUCGCACCGCGAGAACUACCUGGGCCACUCUCUCAUGGCCCCCGUCGGUCGCUGGCAACAGGGCAGGGAUUUGACGUGGUACGCUAAAGGCGAUGCAGGCGAUGAAGAUCAAGCAAGGAAGGAGCGUGAGGAGAAACAACGUGUCAAAGAAGCCGAGGAAGAAGCAAUGGCGCGGGCUCUGGGUCUACCCAUCCCAGCCAAGGCGUCAGAAAAUGCCAACUUGACCCCACUUGGUGGCCCGUCAGGAGCGGAGGAUAGGGAAGCUGACGAGGCUAGAAGGGGAAAUGUCGCAGACGGCGAGGCGGACACAGCCGGAGCCCAGGCAGAGAUCGCAGGCGGGAUCGGGCAACUGAAAGGGAUAGAGAUAGGGAUAGAGAUAGGGAACGGGAACGCAAGCACCGCAGACACCGGGACGAAAGUGACCGGAAUCAUCGGAGUCACCGACACAGAUCGCGAUCAAGGUCGCGCGAUCGAGACCACGGAAGAAGGCGAUCACGCUCACGCUCGCGAAGUCAAGAUAGAAUACGCGACAAUUACAGGCACCGUCGAGAGGAUCGUCAUCGCGCAGAUCCAAGAGACAAGGAACACUCUGACCGUCGGCGCCGUUGAACAUGGAAUCUACUCGCAUCCAGGGAGUCUGGAGUUUGGGUACAAGUAA